AUGGCUCAAAAAGCAGGCGUAUCGGAUGCCCCGGAGAGUAAAACCUUUGGAUCCAUAGUCCACGGUCGAAUCAGCAUGCAGUUUCCAUCUCCCCAGGAUGGCGUCGCAGGCAGUGUAAUGUAUUCCGGAAUCCGAACGAACCCGGGCAGUAGCCAGUCACGUGCCGCCAUCAAGUUGAUGCUCAUCGUCGACGUCAUUCUCGAUGGCUUUCUCUCUCAACACGUCCGCAUCGAGCCCGUACCAAAGUCAGCGCCACCCGCGCCCAACACACCCGACGCCAACUUCUUCGAACUAAACGCGUCAAUUACCGCCCAAAAGGUCUCAAAUCUCGUCAACAACUCAUGGGAUGCGAACGGGGCCACCCACCGCGGCCGAAUGGUGUGA